AGAUCCGCCUCCAUGCCUCGGGGGCAGAUCUGUUUGUCUGUGUUCUGCUGCUUCUGCAGAAUCCGAGGCCGCCGGAUGUUUUCGCUCCGUCCUUCCAGCGGCCCACCGUCACUCCGAGGAUUCAGGAAAAGUUCGCUCCUGCAGAACCAGCAGAGAAAAAGUGAAGUUACUUCAUCAGAUGUUGUAAUCCUAGAAAAGGAGAAGUGAACUCUGAUUGUCUAAGGCGUGAAGAAACAUCCCUCACGGGCCGCAGGGAGCAGCUUCCUCUCCCUGACUUUAGCUCCUCUGAACUCCGCUGCUUUAUCUGCUGUGGGACGUCCUCUGCCAUGUCUCGGUACCUGAGGCAUUUCACAGCUGUGGGCGACCCACAGGUGGACCAGUGGGUGGAUGAGGAGCUGCAUGCUGACAGCGAGGAGCUGGGUCCGGCUACAGGCCAGUUCCCAGCAGCGCCCACCUUCAGGGACUCACUGAGGAGGCUCUUCACCUCCGACCGCUUCCAGAUACUGGUGGUGGCUUUGGUCGUCCUGGACGCCUUCUUCGUCAUGGCGGAGCUGCUGAUAGACCUGUCAGUCAUCAAACUGGACCACGGCCACAUUGCUCCUGAGGUGUUCCACUACCUCAGCCUGGCUCUUCUCACCUUCUUCAUGGUGGAGCUCUUUGGGAAGCUGUUUGUUUUCCGGCUUGAGUUCUUCUACCACAAGUUUGAGGUGUUUGACGCUGUGGUGGUGGUCGUGUCAUUUGUGUUGGACAUUGUCUUCAUCUUCCAUGAGGACGCCUUCGACGGCGUGGGUCUCCUCAUCCUGCUGCGACUUUGGAGAGUGGCCAGAAUCGUAAACGGGAUCUUGGUGUCGGUGAAAACCCGCGCGGACCAGAAGAUCCACAAGCUGAAGGAGAGUUAUGACCACCUGGUGGAGAGAGCCUCAGAGCUGCAGAGGAGGAACGACGAGCUGGUGCAGGAGAACCAGAGGCUGCAGGCUCUCCUGGAGAAACACGGCAUCCGAUCCUGACUGAGCUACAGCUGGAACCUCCUGUCAUCCCGGCUCCGAGGCGGAGGAUCGCUGUCGUUUUUCAGUAGAACUUCUGCAGGACUUUGGCCUGAAAUGUCGGCCAUGUUAAGUUUAAGAAUGUGGCCUGUAAAUAUGAUCUUCUUAUGAAUGGAUUGAACUUUCUUUAAAUUCUAAAAUAAAAACAUUCUACAUUUAA